AUGAAUCUGACUGCGGAGGUGAACUUGUUGAAUUUGGACUCGAAAUCCGACUCCUGUUCGGUUAUUGAGCUCGAGUCUGUGUUCGAUGCCGACUUUGCUGCCAAUUUCUUGCGCAGUUUCUCUUGGAUCUUUUGCAUUUCUGCUGCGGUCAAGGUCUUGUCGGACUUGAUGACGGGGCCGUUUUGGUGCUUGGCAAACAGUGAUUCUGAAGGGUCGACUUUCAUCGAGCUGAUCACUGUGUUGAAGAACUUGAACAUGAAAACCUCGAACUGCUCUGUUUUCUGGAUGUUUUUCGGAGCAGAAGCUGUGAGUCCGAUCUUUGCGUUUUUCAGGAUCGAGUCGAGGUUGAUUGCCGUUGUCUCAAAGAGCAAUUUAUUGUCACAGGUGAUUUUGAGCCAAUUCUUCUCGUACGCGACCUUCAACGUCGAAGGCACCUGCGAGUCCUGGAAACUGUGUGUACGAAUUCAUAGCCUUGCCUCAAAUUCCCAAGUGACAUCGAACAAUUUGCCAGGCUCAAGGGCCAAUAAUACCAAGGCAUCGUCGCCUUUCAAUAGUACCCCGUCUCUUUCCUCACUGUUAAAAAGAGCCCCAUUAGCAGCAAUCGACUCGUUGAUUCAAUCCCCGUCGGAAUCAAUUGAUAUUACUGUUGUUCAGAUCAACUCCAUCAUUGAGUCUCAUCCAGAUACUUUGUUGGAUUCCUUUACCAAAUAUUUACUAGACAUUAUUUUUGUCGAUCCAAAUAGCAGUCAAUCUUCACGCGAAAUUGCUAUUCGAACUCUCAAAGACCAAAUACAGAUCCACGUUUUCCCAGACGGUGUUGCUAUCAAAUCUUUUGCAUCUUGUGUCUGUGAAUUUUUAGACUCUGUCGAUAAUUGUUCUUUGACUAGUAUCUUAGAAAAAACAGGUAUUACCGGAUUCUUUGCAGUUUUCGCCACACUUGCAAUCGAAGCAUACUUUACUUCCAACAAGUCAAGCACCUCAAAAGACCUAUCCACCCAAUUCGCUCCAGUUUACCGUGAAAGUUUACCGGGAUUAGUGGACCAUCUUAAUCAACUUAAAUCAAACAGCAAUUUAACUGAACCACAGGCUCUUUCAUACGGACACUUCCUUGAAUAUUUUCUAGAAUCCAAGGUUUUCACUGCUCCUCACAAAUUAUUGAUCAUCGAUUAUCUGACCACCAUCCUAGACCGUCACGAUAAUUCAAUUCUGAAUAGAUUGAUUCACUCUGGAAUUCAAAACUAUUACAAAGACCUAAGCAAAAUGGAGUUCAGACAAGUGCUCGAACAUUUUGAGCCUUCUAAAUUGUUGCCAAACAAAAUGCUUUCAGACCUAUUGGGCGCACAGUCCCCAUCGUCGUUGGAUGAUGCAGUCGCUCUCAUAUUGAGCGAAGUGCUCUAUCCAGGCUCGCAGAAACUUUGCGGCCAAUAUGCAGACCCAAUCACAGCAUUGACACCCUCCAGUGUCCCAGAAGCAACAGCCAGAGGUGCGCAAUUAGCCACCAUUCUCGGCAGAUUGAAGACCCAGCCAAACUGGCAGGACGUGUUCAAUCUCGUUUUCCAGAAAACAGCAACGGCAACAUCAAUGACCCAGGCAUCUCUAUCGGGACUAUUAUCAUCAUUAGGUAAAGACAACCUGAUUGAUCUUUUCCUCUUCACUGCAUGCAAAACAUCCAACCCACAAUUGUUGAAAGAUCUGCUAAUUCAACUCAAUUCUCUUGAUCCAAACCAAGGUGCUAUUAAUUUGUUUGAGCAUAAGCUAGAACCAGUUCUUUCAGCAGAAGUGAACUCUAGAAACCUCCUUCUCUACUUCAAGUCCAUCGUCAAAGUGGAAGUGAAAGCAAUUGCACUUUUGCAAAAUGAAAAGAUUAAUGACAGCAUAGUUAGCAACAUUUUUGCUAGAGAUUACAGAGCCGCACCAGAGUACAUUGUGUUGGCUUGUCUAUACAUACUGAACGACGAGCCAGAGGCCAAAGAGAACGACCUGAUCAUCAACAUCAUGCAGAAUUUUGUUGUUUCUCUUUUGGAUGUCAGCUCUCCAUACCUAGGAGCCAUUUUCACCAAGUUCGAAGAAUUCAAUCCCGUUGAGCUCGGAAAACUUCUUGUGAAGUACUAUGAAGUCAGAAAGACCACAGACUCAAUUCAUAAGAUAGCCAGCCUUACUGCUUCGUUCAAGCGGGAUACCGUGAUCAUGUCUAUUCUUUCAAACUCUGGAGACUUCAAAGAUGCCUUUUCGUUUGCUAUCAUCUUUUCCCAGUAUGGUUGGAAGAGAUUCCAGGAGUUUGUUUUGACCCAACUCGAUAGAAACAUUGCCGUGGUUGCAGGAACAAUCAUUGAUUUCAUGGAAAGCCAAGCCACUUUAGAAUACGAAAGUGCCCAACAGGGCCAUAGACUUGGUAAGUCUUUGAAUCUUGAAACCGUUUACUUCUUGAUGACCACCUUGGGAAAUAGACAGAUUCCAACUGACUUGUUUGAGAAAUUCAGAAAUUUGCAAGCUUUGUGCCUGCAAGCAUACCCAAGACUCAUUAACUUCGGACAAGGACAUGAUAACGCCAUUUUGAUGAACAGCUCAACCAACACGUUCUCCAUUGAUGUCGAGAAGGAGAUGAAAGUGUACUAUCAAAAGAUGUACAACAAAGAGAUCGAGAUUAAGGACAUAAUCAACAUGCUUCAGAGACUCAAGGUCAGCGAUAAUCCUCACGACCAAGACGUGUUUGCAUGUAUGAUCCACUCUCUUCUGGACGAGUACAGAUUUUUCCCAGAGUACCCAGUUGAUGCGUUGGCCACCACUUCUGUUCUGUUUGGAAGUACUAUUUUGUUCAGACUUGUGGAAGGUCCUGCCCUUUCGAUUGCAUUGAGAUACAUUAUAGAUUCUGUGAGACAACCUCCAGAAAGCAAGAUGUUCAAGUUUGCUAUACAGGCAUUGUACUCAUUCAUGAAACGGCUGGGCGAGUUUCCAAAGUUCUGUGCCAUGAUCAGCGAGGUUCCAGCUCUCCAAAGCCAACCCCAAUUAUAUGAGGCUUGUAAAACAAUUGCAUCAGGGGGAUCGUUACCAAUAGUUUCGCCUCAAUCUACAACUGCCAGUGUUUCUACUCCUCGUGAAAAAUCGAAGGAGCUCGAUCCAUCGAUGUUUGUUUCGAAGUUUGCAUCUAUCCAAGUUCCUGUUGACAUUUUGAAUGAUGUCAGACAGGAGACUCCAGCCAGUGAAGUUUUGGACAGAGUUCUUUUCAUGGUGAAUAAUCUUACUGAUGACAACGCAACAUCUCGUCUUACUGAGCUGAAGGACCUGUUGGCUUCCAAGUAUUUCGAAUGGUUUUCGAACUAUUUGGUCAACCAAAGAGCAAAGUUGGAGCCUAACUACCACUCGUUGUAUGGAAAAAUUGCAGAGUAUUUCGAUUCCAGUUUGUUUGAUGCUCAUUUAUUACGUGCAACUUUCCAGCAAAUUGUCUUACUUUUGAACAAAGCAAGAGAUGCUGGAGACAGCGAGGACACUGCUGAUGCCUUGUCAUCCACUGAGAGAUCUCAUUUGAAGAAUCUUGGUUCCUGGCUCGGAAGAUUGACAUUGACCAGAAACAAGCCUAUCCAGCACAAGUAUUUAUCUUUCAAAGGAUUGUUAAUUGAGGCAUUCGACCACAAGAAAUUGGAAAUUGUCAUUCCAUUUGUUUGCAAAGUGUUGGACCAGACGAAAUCAUCUAAGGUGUUUGAAUACCCAAGUCCAUGGUUGGUUGGUAUACUGCAAACAUUGAAGGAACUGUACGACGUUGCCGGAUUAAAGUUGAACCUGAAGUUUGAAGUCGAGGUUGUUUGCAAUUCAUUGAAGGUCGAACUCAGCUCUAUCGAGCCAUCGACUAUCAUCAGAAACCACAAACCAGGUGAACUUGAACGCUUCAUUGAGUCGCAGAAGAUGAUUACCAAGUUGGCGAGAAUGUCUCUGGAUGAUCAGAAGAACGUUUCCCAUAACCUGGGAGGUGUUUCACUUCCUGGUAUGGGCCAGUCUGUGUUGGCACCUCCUCAGGCCGCCCAACAGCAACUGAACGUUCUUCAACAGUUGCAGCAGCAAAGAUUGUUGGCUGCUGCUCAGCAACAACAAUCGGAACUUCCAGGUGCACAAGCCUCUUUCGACUCUCCUGCAGCAGGUCACAUUUCCACUGCCAACCAAGCUCCUCAACCACAGCAACAAACUUCUUCUUUCGAGAGUUUGAACGGAAAUUCUGUGUUUGUUACUCAUCCAAACCUCAGACGUCUGUUUCAGUUCGCAAUCACCAAAGCAGUCCGUGAGAUCUUGCCUCCUGUUGUCAGCAGAACCAACUCUGUUGCAUUGGUGACCACCAAGUCGCUCGUUUUGAAAGAUUUUGCGUUUGAGGUUGACGAGCUGAAGCUUAGAAAGGCAUAUAUCAACACUGUCAGACACCUCUCCGAGUCUCUCACUCAUGCAUCGUGUAGAGACUUGUUGAGAGAAAACAUUCAGCUCAACUUGGACCAAUACAUCAGUUCUUUGGGACAACAGAUCGAUCCUGCUAUUUUGGAAGACCUGCCAAGAGCAAUUAAUGACAACUUGGACUUGGCUUGCUCGAUCAUCCAAAAGGCAGCCAUGGAGAAAUCUGUUCAGGAUCUUGACGAGAUGAUGCUACCAUCCAUUGCUUUGAGAAGACAAUUUAGAGACUCCAGACCAGAUCAGGCUUUCUGCGAUACUCAGCAUGCUUCCAGAUACUCCAUGUCUCUUCCUGACCCAUUGGGAAUCAAGCCUAACGGAGUUACUGCAAAACAAUUUACCAUCUACAACGAAUUUGGAAAACCAAAGAGUGCUAUUAAUCCAUCUGGUAUCCCAUCUUCGAUCUCAACUCCAGCUGGUGUUGCAGCUGGUGUUGCGAAUGAGGCUGUGGCGACUCCUCCUGCUCUGAACGCUGGUGUUGACCAAGCUGCUUUGGCACAGAGAGUUCUGCAAAUGCAAGCACAAGCCCAGGCUCAGAGAUUAUCUGGCACUGCACAGGCUCGCCCAACAGGUGUUCCAGACCCUGCAGCACAGAUUUCGGUUGACCAGACACAAAAGACCUUGGAGCAAUCAUUCUUGUAUAUCCAACAGCUUUUUGAGGCUAUUGUCAAGUCUACCGAAGAGAGCCAGGAUAAGGAGAUGCAUCUGAGAGAGAUCUCUGUCGACAAUCCACUGAGAAGCUAUCUUGCGGAUCUGAUCCAAAUUUUGAGCCGAUUGAACCAUAACGAGUUGCAGAUGAAGUUUGCUCAGUUGAUCAUGAACGCUUUGUUCAGUGCACCAAAUACCAACCAAUUGCUAAUUGAGGCUCUGAUUUUCCUCUUGGACAAGUCUUGUGAGCUUUCGUCUUAUGUUGCCAAGUUCGUCACUACUUGGCUGAUCAACUCCGAGGACGUUAGAAAAUACAACAAGAAGAUCAUGGGUUCUUUGGUGCAAGUUGGAAUGAUUUCUUUGAGUGAUCUCGACUUGAGCAUUUCCAGAGCACUGGCUUCCAAGAAAGACGAACAGAUCUUGACUUUCGCGAGUGAGUUUGCCACGUCUCUGAUCUUUGGAGCUACUCCAGUUGCUUUGAGAUCUGACUUCCAAAACACGAUUUCCGCCAUCCAAUCUUUGGACAAUGGAAUCAUUAGCAAGAAUACAGCUGCUCAAGAGCUUUUAAAACGGUUGGAUGGAAAGACCGAGCUGAAGGGCGAGAACUUCAAAACUUUGAUUUCCGAUCCAUCCAAGUUGAAGGACUAUUUUGCGUAUGUUUUUGCGGAAUGGGUCAAGCUGCAAAGAUUUGGCGAUUCUUCCAAGAAACUGCAUCUGGACUUUUUGAAUGGUCUUUACGACCAAGGUAUUCUUUCCAAGCCUGACCAAUUCGUUCUGUUCUUCACCACUGCCAUGGAGAUGUCAGUGCUGUCAUUUGUUAAGGAGAGUGACAACUCCAAGAAAUUGGCUGUUGAGUCGUACACUGCGAUCGAUGCGUUUGCUGAGCUGUUGAUACAACUGAUUGUCAUUCAGGAAGACCACUCUUCUUCAAGAUUAAACUUCUUCAAGUCUGCACUUUCUGUGGUGCUGCUUGUGUUUGCACACGAUCACGAGAUGAACAAGGCAAACUUCAAUGAGAGACCGUACUUCCGUUUUUUUUCCACCUUGCUGUGCAACUGGAACUCGUUGAACCACGGCGGAUUCACGUCUGUUGCUGAUGACGAGGGAGACGUGAAGAAACUCAAGAACUUCCAUGUGAAGUUCUACCAGACCCUUGCCGACUUCUUCCUUGCCUUGCAGCCGGAUGCCUUCCCAGGCUUCACGUUUGCAUGGGUGUGCCUGAUCUCGCACCGGAUGUUCUUGCCUGUGAUUUUAGAGCUCGAGGAGGAUGCAGAGGUGAACAAGGCCAAGUUCGCCUCGUUGCUGGUGUCUCUGCUCCGGUUCGAGAGCAUCUACGUGAAGGACAGCUACGUUUUGGAGGCGGUUUCUGUGGUUUACAAGGGAACGUUGCGGGUGUUUGCCGUGUUGUUGCACGACUUCCCCGAGUUCCUUGUUGAGGCCGCGAACGUGCUUGUGAGUGCGAUGCCUGCGUCGUUUGUGCAGUUGCGGAACAUUGUUCUUUCUGCUGCACCACGGCGCCUGGAGAUCCCAGAUCCGUUCCAGCCUGGACUCAAGGUGGACAGACUGCCGGACAUCAUUAUAUCGCCUCCUGUGAUGGGGGCUCCUGGCCAGCUGCUGCAGGAGAAAAACGUGAAGAAGGUAGUGGACACGUUUUUGCGUGUUCCGUCUGCUGCGACAGCCAAACAGAUCAUCAGUGCGCUUGAGCUUGCCGAGCCUGUUGCGGAGGCCGGGAUCGGGUUCAAGAGCACCAAGUACAACACGAAGCUGAUCAACGCGCUUGUGUUGUACGUGUGCAUGGGAGCGAUGGACGAACGAGUGAAGAACGGUCUUUCAUUCAACCCGAAGUCGACACAUGUGACAAUUUUGAGCUCUUUGAUGCAGGAGGGUACUGUUGAGUUGCAAUUUUUGCUUUUACAGAGCAUUGCCAACAACCUGCGGUAUCCGAACGCCCACACACACUGGUUCAGCUGCGUGAUACUACAAUUUUUUGGGUCCAGUACGUUGUGGGGACAAAACCUGGCCAAUGUUCAGCAGCUGAUCACCAGAGUGUUACUGGAGCGGAUCAUCUGCAACAAGCCUCAUCCGUGGGGGCUUUUGGUGACGUUCACGG